UGAAGCGAUUCACGAUGGUGACGAACGCGUCCGCGUCGACGUCGACGUCCACGUUCGGCACCGCGCGCGUGUUCGCCUUGGCCGUCUUCUUCGUCGUCAUCGCGCGUCGACCGCGGCAAACUUGUCGCCAGUUGGCGCUCGUCGUGCGACUGACGAUACGGCUGUCGAGAUAUUCAACCAUCGCGUGGGUGUUCAAGCUCAUGGGAUUGAUCGUGUACGCCGCGGUGUUGUCACCCGCCUUCGUGCGCGUCGCGUGGACGUACUUGACCGACGCCAACAUCGAACGCGGCGUCGCGUACGGAACCGCGGGGAGAAACGCGCUGGAUUUAUACUUUCCGAACGAUGGCGGAGCGCGAGGACGACGACGGAGGAAACGCGCGAUCGGGCGAAGCGAGAGAGAUAAAACGCAAGAUGACGACGAUUGGAGCGAAGAUGAACGGAAACCGGUGGUGAUCUUCGUGACGGGUGGAAUGUGGAUUAUCGGUUACAAGGCGUGGGGCGCCCUCCUGGCGCAGCGUUUGGCGCGACGAGGGGUGAUUGUGGCGUCCUUAGAUUAUAGAAACUUCCCACAAGGUACGGUUGGAGACAUGAUCGCAGACGUGGGAAACGGUAUAGGCUGGGUUCUCGAGCGCUUAGAGGCGCUGGGAGGGGAUAAGAGACGCGUCGUCAUCGUCGGACAAUCCGCGGGGGCGCACAUCUCGGCGACGGCGUUGUUGCGACAAACGGAGUGGACGUCGCGGUCGCAACGCGACGGCGGUGUCGCCGGGCCGUGCUCGUGGUCGCCUGCAGCGAUUUCGAAAUUCAUAGGAAUAUCCGGCGUGUACGCCCCGGACGACGAGGCGCUCAUCGAGCACGUCCAUCGUCAAGGCCUGUACAAGAACGUGUUUUGGUCAAUCAUGGAGGCUGGAUUUUCAGGCGCACGCGCUGCGGAGGCUCUUCCUCGCGCGUCGCCGGUUUCAAUCUUACGCGAGUACGACGUGAGACAAAACGUGAGAAUCAUACCGCCCGUCAUGCUCUGUCACGGUGAGGCGGACACGUCGGCGCCGCCAGAGCAAUCAAAGAUGUUUGCUCGCGCGUUGAAAAAUGUUGGCAUCGCGGUGGACGAGCGCUACUACCCGGACAAGACGCACACCGACCCUUUCGUCACUGAUCCGAUCCUUGGUCGAGAUAUCUUGCUCGAUGAUAUCACGAACUGCAUUUUUGGUCGACGUUUGCAGGAUACGUUCGACGAAAAGCCUCUGAUUCCCCGAAUCUUUGUUGCGGUGGCGCGAAAGUUUGUUCCGUUUUAG